AUGACUAACGAUAACGAUGAUGAUGACGAUGACGAUGUUAACGAUGACGACGAUAAUGAUGAUGAUGAUGACAAUAACGAUAACGAUGAAGAUGAUAAUGAGAAUGUAGAUUAUGAUGAUGAUGAUGAUGAUGACGAUGAUAAUGACGAUGACGAUGCUGAUGAUGAUAAUGACGAUAUAGAUUAUGAUUAUGAUGAUGAUGAUGAACAUGAUGAAGAUGAUGAUGAUGACGACGGUGAUGACAAUGAUAAUGACGAUAACGAUGAUGAGCCACGAUGA